CAAGCAUUUUAAUUUGAGUCCACAAAGUUUUGGAUAAUGAAAAGAAAUACAUAAUUUUAAUUCAACCCAAGUAUUUUCCAAGUAGAUUAUAUUUGCUUAAAUUGCUAUAGCAAUCCAAGGGACAGCCCUGCCUGGACACACAGUUACUGUGGAUUUUUAAGAGAUUCAGUUUAAGAAUUUAGGAAUUUCUGAUUCAUUUACAGGAUUUGCAAAUUCAUCAGCCCCUGAAAGCUAAAGCAAACUCAACAGGACAAAAAAGGAACAUGGGCUUUUCAAGUCCAGUAUGUGUCCUUUUCUUCUUUCUUGGAGUCAAAGUAUAUUGCCAGUAUGAAAGUUAUCAAUGGGAUGAAGAUUAUGACCAAGAAUCAGAUGAUGUCUACCAACCAGAAUUCCAAUUUCAUCAAAAUGAAGAUUAUGGAGUUCCAUUUCAUCAGCAUACUUUAGGUUGUGCCAGUGAAUGCUUCUGUCCGCCUAACUUUCCAUCAUCAAUGUACUGUGAUAAUCGCAAACUCAAGACUAUCCCAAAUAUUCCAGCAUACAUUCAGCAAGUUUAUCUUCAGUUUAAUGAAAUUGAGGCUGUGACUGCAGAUUCAUUUAUCAAUGCCACUCAUCUUAAAGAAAUCAACCUCAGCCACAACAAAAUUAAAUCUCAAAAGAUUGAUCAUGGUGUGUUUGCUAAAUUGUCAAAUCUACUACAACUUCACCUACAGCAUAACAAUUUAGAAGACUUUCCAUUUCCUCUUCCUAAGUCUUUGGAAAGGAUUCUUCUUGGUUACAAUCAGAUCUCCAGACUGCAGACAAAUGCUGUGAAUGGGCUAGUAAACUUGACCAUGCUUGAUCUUUGUUAUAAUCAAAUUGAUGAUUCUACAUUACAAGAAAAAAUCCUUGCGAAAAUGGAAAAACUAAUGCAGCUUAACCUAUGUAAUAACAGAUUAGAAUCAAUGCCUCCUGGUUUGCCUUCUUCACUUAUGUAUCUGUCUUUAGAAAAUAAUUCAAUAUCUGCUAUACCAGAAAAUUACUUCAAUGAACUCCCAAAACUUCAUGCUCUAAGAAUGUCACACAAUAAACUACAAGACAUCCCAUAUUAUAUUUUUAAUCUUUCCAACCUUAUAGAGCUCAAUGUUGGACACAACAAACUGAAGCAAGCAUUCUAUAUUCCAAGAAAUUUAGAACACCUAUACCUAGAAAAUAAUGAAAUUGAAAAUAUCAAUGUCACAUUGAUGUGUUCAUCUGUUGACCCACUACAUUACCAUCAUUUAACAUACAUUCGUGUAGAUCAAAAUAAGCUAAAAGAGCCAAUAAGCACAUACAUUUUCCUCUGCUUCCCUCAUAUACACACUAUUUAUUAUGGUGAACAAAGAAGCACUAAUGGUCAAACAAUACAACUGAAGACCCAAGUUUUCAGGAGAUUUCAAGAUGAUGUUGACAGUGAAGAUCACGAUGAUCACCAUGAAGCCCCAGAAGAAGAAGGAACAGAAGAAAACGUUGACCCUCACUAUUAUGGAAGUCAAGAAUGGCAAGAAACUAUAUAAGUAUACAUUUAUAACGUCACAAAAUCUUAUUAUUCAAUAUAAAUUUAACUAAAUAUGCAUAGCUCGUAGUAAUAUACCUGGAAUUGUGUACUAGUAUGAGAUCAGAUUGAAUUUAGAUUGUUGACAACAUUUGCAUCAUUACACAGGAUUAGAACUUACUCAAAAUGAUACAAAUCUUUAGAAAU